UUUUCCUGGAUGGCAAAAGCAACUACGAUCAAGGAAGCUCUCAAACGAUGGGAGGAAAAGUACAAAGUGAAUGCAACAGAGGCUAAAGAUCUAGAGUUGCAGUUCCAAUGGCCACCGAUUGAGAGAAUGGACAACACUUUGGGAACUCUCGUUGCUUGCGAAUUCCUCAGCAUGUCCACAAAUACGAUCGACAAAAUUUACGGACUCAAUGGGAUGAAGAAUCUGCGAAUACUUUCACUUGGAAGGAAUUACAUAAAACAAAUCUCAGGCUUGGAAUGCGUCUCGGAGACACUGGAAGAGCUUUGGCUGAGCUACAAUCUCAUUGAGAAGCUAAAGGGACUCAAUUGCUUGAAAAAUCUUCGGGUUUUGUAUCUCAGCAAUAAUCUUGUGAAGGAUUGGGCGGAAUUUAAUCGUUUAUCCGAAUGUCCAAGUCUUGAGAAUUUAGUCUUCAUUGGAAACCCAUUGAUGGAAACCAUGGAGGAGUCUCUGUGGAGAGCAGAAGCUGCAAAAAGGCUUCCAAUGCUAAAGAAACUCGAUGGAGAGAUGGUGCUGCGUGAGGAGGAAGAACAAUAG